UGCCGUUGGACAGAGCCAUGCUAGCUGUUUCCCACUGUUUCCCACUGUUUCCAGUCUUUCUGCUAAGCUAACCGGCUGCUGGCGCUAGCUUCAUAUUUACCAUACAAAUGUUUGAGUGGUGUCAGAAUUCUCAUUUAUAUGAUAGUUAGCUACCUCAUGGCAAGAAAGCAAAUAAUAACUAUUACUUUUAAUUCUAAGUUGAAAUGGGCACAUUAGUUAUUUCCUACUGCACCGGAAGAGAGAAAGACAUAUAAACUAACUUUUACUGGCAGCUUUUUAUGUAAAGCAUCAACACUUCAUUCACUAACUUGAACUGUUUUUCACACUCCUGAGCCACAGGCCUCAUGCAGGUGUUUACACCCACAUACUCACUGACACGCUGUCAUCACAUCAGCUUCAUUCAUAUAAAUCUCACCGGUCUCGUCAUGACGCAGUGACCCUGUGACUCACUGCUCCUAAAAGUUUAAACUUGUCUCGCGUGUCUGUGAUUAAUUAGCAGUGGCAGUUUUAACAGCACCUGUCACUCUUGUUAAUUGAAAUAUAACGUGAGACGUAAUUAAGCUACCUGUCACCCUCAUCACGGACGCUGUAUAAUGAGGAGGUUUGCUUUGUUUUUUACUAUAAUGUAACAGCAGUGACAGACGAGGACGAAGCUGCAGCCUGCAGGAGAGCAUAACAAAUAAAAUUAACGGGUUCAACAAUGUCUCUAGUAGUCACGUCGCUUGUGGUGACAUUACUUACCCAGUGUUGGGGUGCACCACAGUGGAGAAACUGGACUCCUCAGGCCAUCUUAUACCUCAAAGGAGCACCGGGACAUCGCUCAGUGUUGGAGCGCAGCGGCAGAGAGCAGGCAGACACUUCACAUUUAGUGACUCACAACCAGAGCAGUGAUGGACUUGGAUUGUCUAAGUCCUCCAUUCUUCUGGAGCUUCUGCAGCGAGCUGUGGAAGAAGAUAAAAACCCUGAAAGUUAUCACAGACACUCAGCCUCACCAUCAACUGAACAAAUUUAAUCUGUUUUCUUCCUCAGGUGGAGGCAAUCCACUUAGUUACCCAGACGAGCUGAAUUUGAACUAUUUGUGAAGUGUUUUCUUUUUUUACUGUUGCAUUUUCUUGUAUUUAUUAUGUUUUUGUGUGUUACUUGUUGCUGUUUGGGUUAACUUGUAAUUAAACGUGCUAUAUAAAUCAAAUUCCCUUGCCUUGUUCAA